AUGUUUAUAAAAAACUCUGUGGCAUUUUUUGGCCUGUUAAGGGUGUCAGAGUAUGUUUGCCCCACCACGUCUACUUUUGAUACAGAAACUCACCUCACACCUGCUGACAUAUCCUUUUCCACGUGUGGUUCAAAUGCUGUAAUUAACCUCAAGUCCUCUAAAACAGAUCCGUUUAGGCUAGGGUGCAAGAUUCGCUUAGCAAAAAUUGGAGGCUCUCUUUGUCCUUACAAAGCCAUUCAAAAUUACCUAGCAUUCAGAGGAACCAAACUAGGGCCCUGGUUCACGUUUAGUGACGGAAAGUUUGUUACCCGGAAGUUUGUUUCUUCAUUUCUUACAAUAAGCUUGCCUAACAAUAUUAACAUUAACACGCAUAGUUUUCGCAUUGGUGGUGCUUCGGCUGCAGCUUCCUGCGGGAUACCCGAUUCCGCUAUUAAGAUUAUUGGACGCUGGAGUAGUGAUUGCUACGGAAGGUAUAUUCACCUGUCAGACAACGCUUUGAAAGAAUGGUCUACUCGCAUAGCAGAGUUAAAUGGACUGACAAAAAUCUGGGACAUUAAGUCUUAUGUAGCUAAUGUCGUACUUAUAGAAGACUACAUAUUAGUCAACUCUUGGUUUUUCAAUUUGGGGAAAUUUGGGGGUGCUGGGCUUCCUUCGUCAGCCGGUUUAGGUGCAGAUUUCUAUUUUGUCGACAGUGAUAGAGUUAAUUAA